UUGGUGGAUCUCAAAGCAGAACUCUUCCGAAAGCAAGAAGAAUUCCAGAAAGAAAAGCUACUGAAAGAUGCUGGCAUCUUCACAAAGCCCAAAACUUCUAACAAGAAACCAAGUGUCUGGAACAAACAAAACAUAGGAGUUACAAAUCGAGCCAAGAAGGAUGUGGAGCAGAAGGCAGAAGAGGAUGACAUAUUAGAUAAAUCCAGGAAGAAACUAGAGGAGAAAGCAAAACUGUAUGAGAAAAUGACCAAAGGGGACUUUCCAGAUGAAGAGACUGAGGAUUUGUACCUAGUGGAUUUCACUCAGAAGAUCAUAGACAAACAGCACGAAGUACAGGAACUGUAUCAGAGUGAAGCUGCUAGAAAAACUUUAGAAAAAGAGACAGAUGAUGAGGAAACUCAACCUGAAAUGGAAAUACCACCACCCGAGGACCCAGAUGAAGAAUGGGUUGAUUAUGUUGAUUUCUUGGGCCGAUCGAGACGCUGUAUGAAGAAGGAUUUGCCAAGUCUGCUUAAAAUGGAUCAGGAACUUCAAGGGAAAAGCCAAGGGCCUGAUGGGAAUACUUUGUUAUCUGAAGACAUGAGAAGAGAACUUCAGAGGCAGCAGUGGGAAAAAGAAGAAGAAGAAGCCCUCAGAAAACCCAUGGGACCCAUACAUUAUGAGGACAUUCGAGAAAAUGAGGCCAGACAGCUUGGUGUUGGUUACUUUGCCUUUUCCCGUGACAAAGAACUUAGGAAUAAGCAACGGGCAACACUGGAUAUGCUGAGAGAGCAGACGCUUGAUCAGAGGACGAAGCGCGAGCAGCUGAAGGAGAAGAGGAAGGCAGCUCUCGAUGCAAGGCUGUCCAAACUCCGGGCACGGAAGGUGAAGAAGUUAAGGGAAGCUGGAUUAGAGGAAGAAGCACAGAAGUUGGAGAAUGGAGAGUUGAAAGGUGCUGCUGAAGAACCGGAAGCCCCACGAGUCACUGCAGCAAGCAGAAAGGUAGAGGUGGUCAUCCAGGAGAGGAGAGACACGAAGCCUGGCGUGCCUUACGUCCGAGAGUGGGAUAAAGGCAAAGAAUUGAUGUUUGGACAAUGGUCAAAGAAACAGGAAGAACUCAGAGAUGAGCGAGAUCCAGAAUUCGCGCCACCUUCCACUUACUUUUUGGGCCAAAAGAAAGAUGAUAAUGGCAGAAAUCAGAACUCAAACACCCACCCCCAGCCGAUGCCAUCGGCGGGGGGCAGCGCUGAAGCUGAGCCACGGUCAGCACAGGCUUCCAACAGCAGCGUCCCGGCUGGGCCGUCCUCCUCCUCAGAGGAGGAGAGCAGCGAGGAUGAGGACGUGCCGCCCUACGGCCCUGGGGCUCCGGGCGUGCCGCCCUACGGCUACGGCGCUCGGGGC